AUUGACUUGGAUUACACAUUGUUACUUUUGUAUGCACCUUCAUUCCUGGAUUAAAAUUGGUGCCCCAGUUGUUUUCACUGUCAAUCACCUUAUUCAUAGAAGAUCUAACGGAGACUAAAAAAGUGACAGGCAGAGAAAGAAAAGGAAGAGGUUGUGAAGAUGAGGAGGAAUUCCAAUUCAUGGAGUUUGUUUGGUGUAAUUACUGUGUAUGCAAUGAUGAGUUGUUGUGAAGGGCGAAUCGUUCUCCCGCCGAACGUGACGGUCCCAGCGGUAUUUGCGUUCGGAGAUUCGAUCGUUGAUCAAGGCGCGAACAAUCAUGUGGCAACAUUGAUCAAAUGCAAUUUCCAGCCCUACGGAAAAGAUCUCCACGGCUUCGGUCCCACCGGCAGAUUCAGCAACGGCAAGACCCCUCCGGACUUUAUCGCCUCAGAAUUGGGAGUGAGAGAACUGAUACCAGCUUAUCUUGAUUCCAAUUUGACGCCUGAAGACCUUGUAACUGGAGUCAGCUUUGCUUCGGGAGGAUGCGGCUACGACCCGCAAACUGCUCAAAUAGUGUUAGCAAUAUCACUGUCUCAGCAGUUGGAUCAAUUCAGAGAAUACAUUGGAAAGCUGAAAGCAGCAGUUGGGGAAGAAAAGGCCAAGUUUAUCCUGGAAAACAGCUUAUUCCUGGUGGUGGCAGGCAGUGAUGAUCUUGCCAACACUUACUUCACACUCGGCAUCCGUCGCGCCCAAUACGACGUCAACUCAUACGCUGAUCUCAUGGUGUCCUCGGCUUGCAACUUCAUAGAGGACAUAUACAGGCUUGGAGCGAGACGAAUUGCUGUUUUCGGCGCCCCACCUAUUGGAUGUUUGCCGGCUCAGAGAACCCUUAAAGGUGGCAUAAGCAGGUUUUGUUCCGAGGAACAAAAUGAGGCUGCGCAAUUGGUUAAUUCCAAGCUCGCACCCGCACUUGCUUCCAUACGCCAACGCUUGCCUCAGUCCAGGCCUGUUUACAUCAAUAUCUAUGACCCUCUUCUUGAUCUCAUCCAACACCCUUAUAACCACGGGUUCGAGGUUAGUGACAAAGGCUGCUGCGGGUCAGGAGCCAUAGAAGUGGUCUUACUGUGUAACCGAUGGAGUAGAAUGUGCCGCGAUGACUCUAAGUACGUAUUUUGGGACAGCUACCAUCCCACUGAGAGCGCAUACAAGAUUAUCGUUGAUCAACUCCUACAAGAAUCCGUCAAGUACUUCGAAUGAGAUUGGGAAACAAUUUCAUUCUUAAUUUCUUAUGUGAAUCAUCUGAGGAUGCCUCAAGUGAUGAUAUGUUCCACUUGUCAAUAAUGGUGUGUGCUACCUAGACUAAGGGAGAUGCUGUAACAACCCUAUAAAAGGGGCUUCACUAAAUAUUCAACAUACACAAUAAAACAAUCAAAUAUUCAUCUCUCGAUUA